GUGAUGUCCCCCGCCGGCGCAUCGCCACCCAGGAGGAGGUGCGCUUUCCCCUGCAGCACGGGUGGAGGCGGGAGGUGCGGAUCAAGAAGGGGAACCACCGCUGGCAGGGUGAGACCUGGUACUACGGGCCCUGCGGGAAGAGGAUGAAGCAGUUCCCAGAGGUGAUCAAGUACCUGAGCAGGAACGUGGUACAAGACGUCAGACGCGAGCACUUCAGCUUCAGCCCCCGCAUGCCGGUGGGAGACUUCUACGAGGAGCGGGACACGCCGGAGGGUCUGCAGUGGGUGAAGCUGAGCCCCGAGGAGAUCCCCUCCCGCAUCCAGGCCAUCACGGGCAAGCGCGGGCGACCCCGCAACGCUGAGAAGGCCAAGCCCAAGGAGCCUCCGGCUGCGAAGCGCGGACGAGGCCGGCCUCCCAAGGUCAAGAUGGUCGACCUGCUGAGCAAGACGGACGCGCGGCUGCUGAAGAGGCUGGAAGCCCAAGAGGUGCUCAGCGAUGAGGACAAGCUGAAAAUGAGCAAAAUCAAGAAGAAAAUGAGGCGGAAGGCCAAGAACAAGCAGAAGCAGGAAGCCAAAGCCCCCAGAGCGAAGGAGACCAAGAAGAAGUCUAAGGCCAAGGAGAAGAAGGGCAAACCAGAGAAGGACAAGGACAAAGCGCGGCCCAAGGAGAAGAAGGGCAAAGGGGCUCGGAAGGCGGACAAGGGCCUGCUGGCCCAGCGGCGCCUGGAGGAGCGGCGGCGGCAGCAGCUCAUCCUGGAGGAGAUGAAGAAGCCCACAGAGGACAUGUGCCUGGGGGACCACCAGGUUGCCCUGGCCAAGAAGACGGGCCGUCCCGAGUCGGAGAUCACGGGCCUGGAGGACGGACGACGCAGGCGCAGCUCCCGCCUGACGGAGGAGACGGGUCUGGAGAUGGAGGAGGAGGAGGAGACCCGCGGACGGAAAUCCCGCAGGGAGGAGGAGGCCGACACGUCUGCGUCCAGCGUCCCUGAGCUGGAGAGGCAGAUCGAGAAGCUGGCCAAG